UGGUUGGAGCCCCCUUUGAUCAGAAUGGACCACAGAAGACAGGUGACAUAUAUAGGUGUUCCGUCACCAACGACACGACAAAUGACUGUAACAAGCUUGGAAUUGGUCUCUCAGGCAGGGUGACGCUGUCCAACGUGUCGGAACGAAAGGAUAACAUGCGCUUGGGAAUGAGCUUAGUCACAAACCCUAAAGAUAAUAGCUUUGUGGCCUGCAGCCCUUUGUGGUCUCAUGAGUGUGGAAGCUCCUAUUAUACAACUGGGAUGUGCUCCAGAGUCAACGCCAACUUCCGUUUCUCUAGAAUCGUGGCCCCUGCACUGCAAAGAUGCCCAACAUUCAUGGAUAUUGUUAUUGUUCUGGAUGGAUCAAACAGCAUUUACCCAUGGACAGAGGUUCAGGGUUUUCUCAUCAGUAUUCUACAGAAAUUUUACAUUGCUCCGGGCCAGAUUCAGGUGGGAGUAUUGCAGUACGGGGAAGAGGUGGUCCAUGAGUUUUACUUGAAUGACUUUCGCUCAGUGAAUGAGGUGGUGGACGCAGCAAAACGCAUUGAGCAGAGGGGGGGAACGGAGACUCGUACGGCACUGGGAAUUGAGAAAGCAUGCACUGAGGCAUUCCAGCAUGGUGGAAGAAAAGGAGCGAAAAAAGUGAUGAUUGUUAUUACUGAUGGAGAAUCUCAUGACAGCCCUGAUCUACAAAGAGUGAUAGAGACCUGUGAAAGAGACAACAUAACACGCUAUGCUGUGGCUGUCCUUGGAUAUUACAACAGACGAGGCAUUAAUCCCAAAGCUUUCCUAAAUGAAAUCAAAUACAUUGCCAGUGACCCAGAUGAAAAGCACUUCUUCAAUGUGACAAAUGAAGCUGCUCUCAAGGACAUUGUGGAUGCCCUUGGGGAAAGGAUUUUCAGUCUAGAAGGAGGGACCAAUAAGAAUGAGACAUCGUUCGGGCUUGAGAUGUCCCAGGCUGGGUUUUCAUCCCAUGUGGUAGAGGAUGGGAUAUUGCUGGGGGCAGUUGGAGCCUAUGACUGGAGUGGAGCCGUUUUGAAAGAGACUAGCAGUGGGAAGGUGAUACCUCGGAGGGAGUCUUACUUGAAGGAGUUCCCAGAUGAGCUCAAGAACCACGGGGCAUACCUUGGCUACACGGUCACAUCUGUAGUGACAUCACAACGCAUCAGACUGUAUGUCGCAGGAGCUCCACGAUUUAAUCAUACAGGGAAAGUGAUCAUCUUUAGUAUGCAAGGCGUGGACAACCUAGUGAUCCAUCAGUCUUUACGAGGGGAACAGAUCGGGUCAUAUUUUGGCAGUGAAAUUGGCUCUGUUGAUGUGGAUGGAGAUGGGGUAACAGAUGUGCUGCUGGUUGGAGCUCCAAUGUUCUUCAGUGAAGCAAGAGAGCGAGGCCGUGUCUCAGUAUAUGGUAUGAAAGAGAAACGCUUUGUUCCAGAUGGAGCUUUGCGUGACUUGGACAGCUCACAAGAUUCACGGUUUGGAUAUGCCAUCUCUGCAGUGCCAGACCUAAACCAAGACUCCUACAAUGAUGUGGUGAUCGGGGCACCUCUAGAAGAUGGCCAUAAGGGUGCCAUUUAUAUCUUCCAUGGAUUCAAGAAAAACAUAAUCAAGAAAUACAAACAGCGCAUUGCUGCAGAAGACUUGUCUCCGACACUGGCCUAUUUUGGUUGCAACAUUCAUGGAGAGAUGGAUAUGAACGAGGAUGGUCUGGUGGAUCUGGCAGUGGGUUCUAUGGGAAACGCUGUUCUACUCUGGACUCGCAGUGUUGUACAGAUUAAUGCAACCAUUCGAUUUGAGCCACCGAAGAUCAACAUUUUUAGCAAAGAAUGUCACAGGAAUGGACGGGAAGCCACUUGCAUGGCAGCAUUCAUCUGUUUCUCACCGAUGUUUAAAGCUCCCCAGUUCCAGGGGCAGAGUGUAGGUAUUAAAUACAAUGUGACAAUUGAUGAGCGCAGAUACACUCCUCGUGCUGUGAUUGAUGACAUUGGGGGAGACAAACACUUCAUUGAAACCAUCAGAGCCACAAGUGGGCACAGCCAGUGCCAGCAGCUCAAUUUCCAUGUUCUGGACACAGCAGACUACGUAAAGCCCAUCACCUUUUCUCUGGAGUAUGAGUUGGCAUUUCCUGACCAGGGACCAGUGCUGGAGGAAGGCUGGCCAGCAACUCUCAAAGCAUCAGUUCCAUUCUGGAAUGGGUGUAACCAGGAUGAGCGCUGUGUCCCUGACCUAUACUUGGACGUGAAACACGAUAUCCCAACUGCAAUGGAGUUCUGCCAUCGCUCUCUCCGGAGAUCCCCGUCAGACUGCAAUGCGUUCAUUCGUUCUUUUGACAACUCUGUGUUCAUCAUUGAAGGGAGCAAAAGGCGAGUGGCCCUGGAGGUGACCCUUGAAAACCGAGGGGAGAACGCGUACAGCACUGUGCUCAAUAUUUCCCACUCUCCCAACCUGCAGUUUGCCAGCUUGAUCCAAAAGGAGGAUUCAGACAUCAAGAUUGAGUGCAAGAACGGCGAUCGGAUUCCACACAACAAGAUGUGCAAUGUCAGUUUCCCAUUCUUCAGAGCAAAGGCCAAGGUAGCAUUUCGGCUAGAUUUCGAAUUCAGUAAAUCUGUGUUUCUUCCAUCUCUGCAAAUCCAUCUAGUAGCCAGCAGUGACAGUGAAGAACUGGAGAGUACAAUCACUGAUAAUGAGGUUCUGCUGAACUUCAACCUCAAGUAUGAGUCGGAUCUCCUGUUCACCAGGCACUCCAGUCUGGACCAGUAUGAGAUCACAGCUCAAGGGUCAGCUGACAGAUACAAUGCUAUUGGGCCGCCAUUCAACUGCUCUUUUAAGAUACAAAAUCUGGGCUUCUUUCCUGAGGAGGUCACAAUUAAGAUCACUAUUCCUGUGGCAACUCGUGGUGGUAAUCGUCUGCUCCUAUUACAACAGCUAACCAAUGACCAGGGAAAUGAAACCUGUAAUAUUUGGGGAAAUAGCACAGAUUACCGCAGGAGGCCAUCAGAAGAGGACAUCAGUCACAUAGCACAGCUGAAUCACAGCAACUCAGACGUUGUGUCCAUUGAUUGCACUAUGAGCCUGGCGUCCAAUCAGGAAUCAACACUUACCCUGCAUGGGAGAUUGUGGACUAAAACAUUCCAAGUGAUUAAAUUCCGCUCUGUGAAUCUGGUGACUAUUGCUAUAUUACAACAGAAAUUUCAGAGUCCUUUUAUAUUCCGAGAGGAAGCGCCCAGCCGUCAGAUUGUACUGGAAAUUUCCAAGCAGGAAGAAUGGGAAGUUCCUAUAUGGAUUAUAAUCAGCAGUACAUUAGGUGGUCUGCUGCUAUUGGCUCUUCUAGUGCUGGCUCUUUGGAAGCUUGGAUUCUUCAAACGUAGUCACCACGAGAGAGAGGAAGAAGACAAAGCUUUAGAGUGAGCCAAGGAAAGCUGAGCGGCCAGCCACUGCCUGCACACGUGCCUAUAUAUUCAAACCUAUAGGGGCCAGAGGGAGAAGCUGGCUGAAGAUCUGACGAUAGAAGACAAAUGGACAGAUGCCUUCUUGCACAAGACUGAGCCGGUAGCUCUGACUUUACCACCAGAGGCUACCUCAGGGAACCGGAUGAAUGAGCUCCCACUUCCACCUUGGCCUCUAUUUAUUUGUAUUAUUAUUGAUCUGAUGUUCACUGAACUUUCAGCCAAAGACUGAACUCGCAAGCUCUGACAGGUUCUGCUCAGGGAUCAACCAACUCGUCACUACCGAUAGGUGGAGACCACUGUCUGUUUCCCUGGACUGAAAUUAUUAGUUGUGUUUUCUAGUGGUUUCAUUUUUUAUUGUUAUUGGUUUAAUAUUAGCAUGCCACUGUUACCUGGCCGGGGAAGAAGAUGGCAGAACUAUUCCUGUCUGGUGGGAUCGGAUAAGAUUGUUUUUGGAUUUACAAAGACGUGGUGAACCGUACAACUUCAUCGUUUGAUGUCUUUAUGACUGAAUUCACCAUUUCCCUCAGAUAUUUAUAAAGCAGCCAUCAAUCAAUCGGCUGACAAAAUAAGAAAACCAGGGGAAGUGG